AUGGGUAAGGGAACUAUGAAUGUCUUCUCGGAGGGAUUCCCGGGGUCGGGGUCGGGACCGAGGCUGCGCGCGUGCGAUUGUCGAGGCUGGCGAGUGCGACCAGUACAAUACGGGUUGCGCGGCGCACUUGGUGUCUUUGAUGUCGUGGAAAACGAGGUGGUAGACGGCCUGUGGGGACUAUCGAUAAAGGGCGAGGGCUACCGAUGCGACGAAGUCCACGAGGGAAAGGCGAAGGUAGUAUGGGACUCGCACAGCUCAAGUGAUGGGUGUCGUGCGGUGGAGAUGGAGGAUGAUGGAGGGAGGCAGCGCCAGGGUUGGGCAAGGGCGGAGGAAGAGGUGCGGAUAGGGUUAUUGGCGUACCUCCUCUCCCUGUCGUCGCGGCAGCAGCUAGUGCCCACCUUGGGCAAGAACUUGCCGUCGUUAGUUCUGGCUAGCGUGCGCUGCAGGUCGGCAGAGAGCGUGAGAUUGGCGUGGGCUGAAGGACGUCCACUUGGGCGGCUUGGGGCGAAUGAGGACAAGCCACUAGCCUCGGCGAUGUGCUCCUGA